GCGCCCUCAUCGAUAAUUAAAUUAUAGGAGUUUGAGAAAGUCGAGACGAAAACAAGGACUUUAAAACGUAUUUUCUUGAUUGUGAACGAAACGACGAGUAAGAUGUCGAUACCUCGACCUGCCGCAAAUCCGGAAGUUGGCUGCGGGGGAUCUACGGGCCUCGGUCCAUCAGGAACGCCAGCGGUAGCCGGGACUGGGACGGCGGCGAACCCCAAAAGUACUGACCAGAGCCAGAGACUAUUUUCCUUGAAGAAAUGGAACAUUGUGGCGAUGUGGAGUUGGGAUGUGGAAUGCGAUACUUGUGCAAUUUGCAGGGUUCAAGUCAUGGAUGCCUGUCUAAGAUGUCAAACAGAAAACAAACAAGAAGAGUGUGUCGUUGUGUGGGGCGAGUGCAAUCAUUCCUUCCAUAACUGCUGCAUGUCGCUUUGGGUCAAGCAGAACAACCGCUGCCCUCUAUGUCAGCAGGAGUGGAUGGUUCAACGCAUAGGAAAGUGAGGCAGCCACACCCUUCCAUCUGUUCGAUCAAUACUGCUCUCACAUUCGGGUUUAAGGCAUAUGCCAGCGAUCACCAAACCUGUGACUUCGAUGUUAACUCUUGUAAGGAUGUUCAGUGUUCACAGCUCCACUAUGUCUUGCAAUUGUGAUUCUGGACAUUGCGCUUCCAGAGUUCCAGGACAUGUUAAAUUCACCGGGCUUGCUCAGUGUUUGAUCAGAACUGCGGAAUGAUGGACAUAAAAAUGUCCUAAACUUCAGACAAUGAUAAUAACUGAUAUUUGUUUAGCACCUUUCACAAGAUAUAACACAUACACCAUCAGAGGAGGCAGUUUCACAAAAAUUUAUGUGGCGUUAUGUGCCACAGUUACAUAAUAUUUAAUGCAUGAUCUCAUUGGUGAACUUUGAAAAUUACUCGACAGUGACGGUAUCCAUCGAGUACAGAGGGUAGUUAUAUAUGAGGAUAUGGAAUAACUUGGGCUUUGAAAUUUCAUUUGAAUUGUUCCAGUAUUGGUAAAGAUUUAGAAGAAGUUUGACAAUAUAGCGAGGUACAGCAGUAUUAUUCAGAAUAUAUCAUCCACCUGAUGAUUUCACAUAAUUUGUUGGGUGCUUAUAGAUUCAUUCAAACAAAUCUUGUCACUAUGGUUAUAAUUAUUGACAAUUUUAAUCCACUUGAUGAUUUCAAGUACCGGUUUAGUGUUGGGUGUUGAAAAUAGAUUUAUCGAACAACCUACUUCUUGAUAUCAAGUGUGGUGUUCGGUUUUAGUGCUGGCAUUGGUGUUAAAAAUGUGCCACUGGGCUGGUUGUCUGAGCUCUGAAAUUGAUUGUGGAUGCAUCGCAUGGAAAUGUAUGCCUGGUAACAUAAUGAUGCACGUUUGAGAUCAUCUGGGCCCACUCAGACAAAGAUAUGUGAUCGAUCUCAGCAGUAUCACCUUUGGAAACCCAUAAUGCAUAAUUCUUCAUAUAGGAACUGUACACCCCAUUUCUGAAAGAAAGUGUAUUGUAGCACACUUGAUUGUUUGAGUAUCAUCGUCAUGUUUUGUAAGCUGUGUGAAUGAAUAAACACAUUGCAGAAAAGAUGUUGACCCUGGUGGCUUCCCAUACUUUUGAUUUAAAAUCAAAUCCGGCACAACUGCAAGAUGAUGCUAAUUAUAUUCCGUUCAUGACUUCCACAAAAAAUAUCAUGAAGAUGAUUCUCAUUUGAGUAAUGUGUGUAUAAAACUGAUAUCUUAUAAAUGUUAUGUAUUAUUAUUAUUAUACGUUUCCUUGAUGUCAGGCAGGCAGUUCCUAAUACGUCCUGCCUAUUUCCAUCUUUUUUUAAAAUCACUAUUUUGGGAGUUAAAUUUAUGGUGAUAUUGAGAGAUUACUGGUGCUUAUGUGUGUAUCAGGGCCUAUUCUCAGAUCAGCCACAUCUAUGGAAAUCCAAAAAUGCCAUGAUUUAAUUGCUAGAAUGAAUAAAUUAGUAGUAUUUGAGCAGUCAGUGACUCAAUACCUUUCCAAAGAUUAGUUAAAACUCAUGCUAAGUAUGCAUAAUACAAGUAGCAAAACAAUUAUUAAUCUCAAACUAACUAGGUGUUACAUGUACAUGUAUAUGUCACAAUCAGGUGCCUGUUUCAUAACAACUGUUGGAACUUUGUCACUAUGGCAACUACCAUGGUAACCUUGAUGUUGAUUGGCUGCUGAGCCAUGUUGCCAUGGUAGUUGCCAUAAUGGCAAAGUUACAACAGUUGUAACUCUUUAUAAGAUAGCCCUGAUGGUCUCCAUGGUAACUGUUAAAACAGAUAAAACAGGACUUUUUGGAUGAAUCAUGAAUCAUGAAACAUCCACAAAGUCCUUCCAUGAAACGCUCCCCAUUGCUACUUACAUUUGUCAAUCAAAAAGUGAGAAUGCCAGUGACAUUGACAAGUUAGUUGACAAUUUAGUCACCCAAACGCCUCCUGGGGAUCAUGUCAUUAUCAGCCUCGGAUGUAACAAACAAGUGCGUGGUGAAGAUCAUCUGGGCCCCGUUUCAUAAAACUUGUUAUGAUAACAAACUUGAAAUGCCAGUUAUAAGCUACUGAAAUCCUUCAUUCUGCUUUGCUGAGAGAAAGUUUGUUAUAGAUUUUGUGCAUUUGUUAGUAUACCAAGUCUUUGUGAAACAGUGCCCUGUUAUUUUUGGUCUAUUCACGUACAUGGUCUACCAGCAGUUAGUCUACUUUUUAGAUAGUCUAAAUGCCACAUUAACCAAGCCCAUCUGGUCUAAUCGCCAUUUAGUCUACACUAUACAUGUACUUACACAUUGCUUUGUAGUCCAUUUCUUAUUUUGUCUAAUGCCCAAUUGGUCUAAUUUCCAUUUCAUCUGCUUUUUUUGCUUUACUCUGUAUUAUUUUUUUGCUCUGUCAAAUGAAACUUUGGUUCUUGAAUAGUUCAUCCAACCAUGAACUACAUGUAAGUGGUGUUAGAGCCAGUGGAUAUGAGACAAAAUGGGUAUAGCCUAACUGAAAAUUUGACAAAAAUUGAUAAUUGGCCCAAAUGGUUAGUAGACAGCGUGGUUAGUGUAGUAGGUUUCACGGUACACCAUGUAUCUUUGUUGGGCAAGUGUUGGUCCUGAAAAGGACCACCCAGUCUUUACGUUUCGAUAAGUGUGUUCUUGUCGUCUUCAGGAGAAUGUCUCCUGCAUGUGUGUUCUUGUCGUCUUCAGGAGAAUCUCCUUAAGAUGACAAGAACCCACUUGUCAAAACGUCGAGAAUGGGUGGUCCUUUUCAGGACCAACGCUUGCCCAAGAAAGAUACGUGGUGUACCGUGAAACCUACGACACUAUUCUUCCUCGCCAUGGAAACCUUCAGAAGUUGCAGACAAUGUGGUUGUAGACAAAGUAAGAUUAUACCAUAUGGAAAGCAGACUUGGCAGAUAUAGACUAAUUGGCAACUUUCUACAUAAUGUACUCAUUGAAAGUUAGACAAUGUCAUAUUUCAAGGGUAGUUUCGUUAGCUGUAUUAUGUGUUCAGCAUGGGAAUGAACCACAAGUUUUGGGUUUAACCUCUUAUCAAUGAUUUGCAAAAUAAUUUUUGUGACAAACUUCAUUUGCCCAAAAUAAUGUUGUGUGCAUACCAAGUCACCUGUUCUACGCAAAUGACAACAAUCACAGUUCCGAAGUUCGUAAUGAGUCUUUUCAUACAAAUGUUUCCUCAUUUACACCUUUUGAUUCAUUUUGAUUAAAAAAAAAAAAUCACAGAUUUUUGCUCCUUUUUUUGCUGACUUGCUUGCUGAAAAGAAGAAUUGGGCUUAUUAGCUUUAUUAUGGGUUUUAUCAAUAACAGACAUGAGGUCUAUAAAUGAGUACAGAUCUUCAAGGCAAAUGUUAAUAUGUCAUUAAAGCAUUUCAAUGUACAUAAAAUUUA